CAUUAACAGAAAACGCGCCGUCGUUCUCACAAGGAUUCGAGGCUGUAAUUUUACCUGAGGGGAGGUUUCAGGCUAUGGGAUUCGACGAAUUCGCUCUUUGCAGUAAAGAUGCGCAGCACCAAAUGUGGAUAUCUCGCUCGCUCUGUCUACCGACAGCCAGCCUGCCUGCCAGGCCUCCUCCGGACUGACGGACUUGGACAGCCCUGCGCCUUGGAGCCGUGACCAGCAUAAUGAAUGUGACGCUUGGACUCAAGCCCGAAUAAAAAAUACGGACCCCCGCCCCGAUCGGAGCCGCGAGGAUUGCAGCAGCAGGAGGAGUCUCGUCUGUGGCCGCGUGGCAAUCUUUGGAAACGACCAGCAGAGCUUUAUGUUAUCUGGCUGUGCUAUCGCUUCGUACAUUCAGACGCCACGUUGCCUGUCCUGGCCUUGUGUUUCUGCAGGCUGUGAGAGCCAGUAUACAAAACCAGGUGCGCAUUUGCAGUCGGAGAAUGUCAGUGCAAUCUUAGGCACACAAGAGAUCGCGAGAGCAGGUAGUGUUGCAGAGAUCGUACAUGAGAGAAAUCGUCUUGAAACUCAUUCGGUGAGAGUGGUACUUGGGAUUCUGCCGUGUCGUGGAUUGAUUGACUUGUGGUGGUGCUUCGCUAGUGAGCAAUCAUGGUGACGUUAACCAAGAGCAGGAUUAGUAAAUCCUGCAUUCUGCCCAGCAAGGACGCCGAGAAGUCCAGAUCCUUGAGACCGCACUUCAUUUCUUCAAGCUUGUCUCGAGGCACCUUCUCGUGUUCCUUCGUCAUGCGAAUCGCCUUGCUCUCAGCGAGUCACAACUCCGUGUCCUCUUCGGGCUCUCGUCGCUCCGGAGGCUACUGCAGGUCGGACUACGUGUCGAGAUCCAGCAGCAGCGAUGGAUCUUCGUCCUUCGGAAGCUCGUGCAGCGAUGGAUCCAAAAGCUCGCUCAUGUCACGGUCGUUUCUGAGGAGAUCCUCCGCGAGACGCAAGAGCUGCAGGAAACCUGUGUUACUCCAGAAGGUCCCCUUCGGCAAGUCGGCUGAGUACCUGACUGUGUACGUCGGGCGGUCGACAGAGCAGAGCGUGAAAUAUGUGAUCAGCCGAAGCUUAUUGACGCACCCUCUUUUUCAAGUUUUGUUGAAGUGCUCGGAGGACGAGUUUGGCGAGGACUAUGCUGUGAACAACGGAGUGGCCAUCGUCUGUGACCCUGCAUUGUUUGUGGAGUUGGUCAGAGCCAUCGACAAUAAUGUUUGGUCUGCAUGAACCCACGAUUCCGAAGCUACAAAGUUUUGACCAUGCAGACGCGGGAUUGAUUCGGAUUUCCAUCUUUUUCUCCCGCAGAACUGAUCUUCUCCAUACGCGAAGCCUUGUCGCCUCGUGUCACAAUUUUGUUCAGGUUCGAGCAAUCAGCAUUGCUCCGAGGUAUGUGUACAUAAAGGAGUACCUUCUAGAUUAGAUUUCCGGGUGGGCGUCUCUCGCAGAGGAAAAAAUUUAGCGCAAUGUUGGAGAUUUGUACACACCGAGCUUAGAUCUUGGAGAAGCUCGCAGUUUUCACCGACAGAAAUACUCAAAAUUCUACAGACUUAGCAUAGCUGCAGAGAUUAGUUGCCACAUGAGCGUCAUCGUGUGUGUAAAUUACGCGGUAUCACAUGCAUAAUAGAUGUAUAGACGGAUUGGUACAAACGAGUGCUAUGUCCAUUAUCAAUACAAGUGCAGCAAGAGGUUCGAGCAAAAAAGGCUGUCUUGGCAAUUCCUAGCCUUUAAACCAUAUUAUCAAGUGAUUGCUUUUCUUGUUCAUUCAGGCCUAUGAGAAUAGAGUUUCUGCCAGUCUGUACAGCCGGAAUUUCUACCUUGAAUCGAGAAUGUAGGCGAUAAACGUCUAGAGCAAUCCAUCAGUCUCUCGCUGAUCUAUCGACAUCGUGCUUGUUAUAUACAGGCUGUAACAAGUUGUGCUAUUCAUGUACAUGAAAAGAAUCAAGCUCGUGUCAUGUUCCU